AUGAAGAUACUGCCGUACCUGGAUGAUUGGAUUAUUUGUGCGCCAUCUCAACUUCAGGCGGCACAGGACACAGCUCGCUUUCUCUCUCACGUGGCCCGGCUGGGCCUCAGGGUGAACAUGGAGAAGAGCUCUCUGAGCCCCUCUCAGCGCAUAACCUUCAUUGGUAUGGCCCUGGAUGCAGCCACCAUGAGUGCCUGCCCAUCGCUCCAGUGCGUGGACGACAUCCUCCACAGCCUUCCCCUCUUCCUAAGGGGCAGGCGGCUGCCCUACAUCCUCUUUCUUGGUCUCUUGGGCAAAUUGACAGCUGCCUCAGCUGUCGCCUUGGGCUUGCUGUCACUGCGCCCCCUGCAGAUAUGGCUGAACAGCCUUCACUUGGAUUCCAAGUGGCACAGGCACAGGACAAUAGGGGUAUCGCAGCAGUGCCUUCUUGCUCUAUCCCCGUGGAGGGAGAGGGCAUAUCUGUUAAAGGGUGUCCCCAUGGGUUCCGUUCCAUUCCGCCGGGAGGUUGUCACAACAGAUGCCUGCCUCUCAGGGUGGGGUGCAGUGUGGCAGAACAGGACUGCUCAGGGGCAGUGGACUGCUCAGGACAUCAUGGAGCAUAUCAAUGUUCUAGAGCUACGGGCUGUGCACCUAGCGCUUAAACACUUCCUUCCCUACUUGAGAGGGAAGCACAUGCUCGUCAGGUCAGACAACACCUCAACCAUGUUUCACACAAACCAUCAGGGAGGCACCAAAUCUGCAAAGUUGCUACGGGUGUCCCGAGCUCUUCUGACUUGGGCGGCCACUCGCCUGACCAGUUUACAGGCAAUGUAUCUGCCAGGGGAACAGAACCAGGUCGUGGAUUUCCUCUCCCGUCACAAACCUCCACCGGGGGAGUGGCAGCUUCAUCCAGAGGUGGUAUGCAGCAUCUGGGGUCUCUUUGGCAGGGCAGAGGUAGAUCUCUUUGCCUCAGAGAUGUCAACCCACUGCCCACUCUGGUUCUCCCUGAUGGAGAAGACCAGUCCUCUGGGCCAAGAUGCCCUGGCUCACAGAUGGCCAGAGGGUCUUCUUUAUGCAUUUCCACCAUUUCCUCUGAUCUUACCAACACUUCUCAGAGUACUUCAACAGGGUCACAGACUUCUGCUGGUGGCCCCCUUAUGGCCAGCCAGGACUUGGUUCUCCCUGCUACACAGACUCUGUCACAGGACACCCUGGCGCCUCCCCAACAGAAGAGACCUCCUGUCUCAGCUAGAGGGUCGGAUCUGGCAUCCCGAUCCCAGCCGCCUUCAACUGUGGGUCUGGCCGAUGGAGGGCACGACCCCCUGCUGA